AUGGUUUUUUGUGGUCGUCCCUCUAAAGGAUGCCAUGCAUGCCGAGCUAAAAAGACAAAAUGUGAUGCAGUACCCACUGGGUGCACUCAGUGUUCGAAUGCGGGUCGAGAAUGCCCCGGUUAUAGAUCCCAAGUUGAUUUAAUUUUCCGGGAGGAAACUAAAAACGUCAUUAAAAAAGCAAAGGUUAAACACGAGAAAGUCAAACAAAGGAGGGCGGAACCUGUUUCUCUAAACUCCACUACUUCUUGUUCAACCACCCCCUCGCCAUAUUCAAGUCAAGGAAACUCACCACGCGAUGUCGUUAAGUCCUCGCAAUUCAACCAGGUUAUCUCUGUCAAUUAUCUCAACAUAACGCCAUCAAUUGAAGAUAGAGCUACCGCAUUCUUCCUAUCAAACUAUGUGAUAGGCGAUAAUGGUCCAACUCGAGGACACCUUGAUCAUCUUUCCGAUUUGUAUGAAUCUGAUGGUAUAGAUGAUAAUCUUGUCGCCGCAGUCCAAGCAGUGGGUCUGGCUGGUUAUGCACACUCGGCGAAAGCUCCCCAUCUUAUCAACCAAGCACGAGCACAAUAUGCCAAAUCACUUCAGCUUACCAACACUGCCCUUCAAUCGCCAACUGCCGUCAAGAGAGACAGUACCUUAUUAGCGAUAUUGAUCCUCGGUAUCUUCGAAACUAUCACAGGUUGUAACCAAAAAUCAAUGAAAGCAUGGGCAGAACACAUUCAUGGUGCCGCGGCAGUUGUCAAGCUUCGGGGCCCGGAAGCCAUCAAGAAAAGCGGAGGCAUACGCUUGUUAGCACAAGUGACUUCGAGCCUGCUGAUAUCAUGCAUCCAGAGGGAUAUCCCACUACCAAAAUACAUUGUUGAAAUUACAGAAUUUGCAGAAAAGGGGAUGACAAAUCUUGAUCCGGCCUGGAUCGCUCAAAGAGUAAUGAUUGACUACACACAUUUCAAUGCAAGAUAUCACGCAGGUUAUUAUAGUGAUGCUCAGGAGCUUCUUGAUGAUGCUGAGGCCUUGGACGAGAGAUUUCUCGCCUUUUUUACAAACAUACCGAAAGGGUGGGAAUUCACAAUAGUUCAGACGGACAAAGAUCCGGAUGUUGUAUUUGAUGGCUACUAUCACGUCUAUUACGAUCAUUGGGUAGCUCAAAUCUGGAAUGCAAUAAGGGAACUCAGAAUUUUACUCAAUGAAACGAUCAGAGAGGUCUUAUUGAAAGACUUCACUUCUCUGGUACCAUCGUUACUUGGGUCCGAAUACGCAGAGCGAUUCCAGAUCUGUACCGAAAUAAUCUACCACCUACAGGCAGAAAUUCUUGCAAGUAUACCGCAACAUAUGGGCUAUGUUUCGAGAAACAGUUCGCAUACACAACUCUGGAGUGGCUUCGAGAAAGAUGGUUUUGGAACAGAUUUCCCUACCAUUAGAUUCUCGGGUGGAUAUUUUUUGAUCUGGCCACUAUUCCUAGUAGGCAAUUUGCGCCUUUCGACUCCAGAGGUUCGAGCGUUUUGUGUUAAGAAUUUGCGAUAUAUUGGAACACAGAUGGGGAUCCAACAUGCAAACCUUCUGGCUACUAUUGUGGAACAAAAGAUUCCUGUAACUGUAUGGAACAAGCAGAGACCACAGUUCUCUGAUAAAAUCACGGAUGAAGAUUCUACGAAUAAUUUUGAGAACCAAAAUCAGGGAAUGCAGUACAGCCAGACCAUCCCUGUUUAG